UGCAGCUCCCCCAACAUGGCUACCCUCUGAAAACGACUGGCAGACAUCAGCUCUGCAAAAUCUGCCGUGAGACUUCAUCAGGAUCUAUUCCUGUUUCAGCAGUGUGUUCACCACUGUCUGUACCUGGGAUAACCUGGGCGAGAAAUUCUGCUCCUACUCUCAUCCCCGAAGACGGCUCCUGGAAUGAAGGCCCUGCGCCCGCAGCAGAACAACAGAGAACGUCCUUAAGAGAGAAGGGGAGGAGAAAGCGUUGCUCUCUGGCUCUAGCAACCCCACCUCCCGGUUAUUUCAUCUUCCUUACAAGGCUAAAGCGAGCAGCUUUCCUCUGCCGCCUGGGUCCCUUAAAAGCAGCAGAGCAAGCCCGAGGAUCCCGGUGGAGUGCAGCCGGGAUGAGGCUGACAGAGAUGGGGAAGGAGGCGGCGCUGGCGUGAGCCCCGCGGAGAGCACGGCAGAGAAGGCUAGUGCUCUCCAGAGAAGUGUGACAGUAUCCUAUGAAUCCUUAAAGCAGGUGUCCAUUGAUGCAGAUCUUCCAAAGAAACAUGAAACCAAACCCAAAUGAAAUCACUGAGGGGGAAAAAGUGCAACAUGAGAGGUAAAAUGAAAAACUGGUCUUUUGAGAAGAACAGUUGGGAGCUGUGACAAACCAAGAGACCAGAGGAUUACUACACAGCUCCUACAGGUUCUCAUCUAAGGCACCGGCUUAGCCUUCCAGCAAGUGUAUGCUGAGGUGUGGGUUCAGCAGCCAAGGAUGGAAGUACUACGCCGUUCCUCAGUCUUUGCUGCAGAGGUGAUGGAGGUUUUUGACAGGUCUCCCACUGACAAGGAGCUUGUGUCCCAAGCCAAGGCUCUCUGCAGAGACUACAUAAAUUCGAGGCUAAUUCGAGCAGGUGUCAGCUGGAGCAAACCUGAGCACAACACACCAGUGCCUGGCGGUAAACUGGCUGAGGUGUCCACCAUACUGCUGCGACUGGGGGAUGAGCUGGAAUACAUUCGCCCCAACGUCUACCGGAACAUUGCCCGCCAAUUGAACAUCUCGCUGCACUCAGAGACGGUGGUGACGGAUGCCUUCCUGGCAGUAGCUGCACAGAUUUUCACUGCAGGCAUAACAUGGGGCAAGGUGGUGUCUCUCUAUGCAGUGGCAGCGGGGCUGGCAGUGGACUGUGUGCGGCACGCGCAGCCAGCCAUGGUUCACACCAUCGUAGACUGCCUGGGAGAGUUUGUCCGCAAGACCUUGGUGGCAUGGCUGAAAAGGAGAGGAGGCUGGGCAGACAUCACAAAAUGCGUGGUGAAUACUGACCCCAGCAUUCGCUCCCACUGGCUCGUGGCCGCUGUUUGCAGCUUUGGUCACUUCCUCAAGGCUAUCUUCUUCGUCCUGCUGCCUGAGAGAUGAAUCCAAGUCACCAGGUGCAGCCCCCCUAUCCCAUCUCCUCCCCAACUUCAGAAGCAGUGGUAAUGGCAAUCUCUGAAGAGGAGGAAGAGAACAACCAGGACAAACAAAAGGCUUGUUCUCCUCUCCCUUCAGCUGGGAGCAGAUGAUCAACCACAGUCUCCUGUUUGCAGCCAUAGGAGCCUCUCUCAUCAUUAAUCCUUUAAAGAGUCUUGUUUCCCCGAGUGACUUGUGUGUGUGGCCUGGAUGUUGCCAGUCCCUUGGCACACUGAUUGCAGCUGUGUGUAGCAUGGACUAUCAGACAUCUGUUCCUUACGGCUGUGUUGCAUGCUUAUGCUAGUGCCAGGCAGAGGGGAGGAGGAAUGGGGUAUUAUUUGAAAUGGGAUAGGAGAGAGGAAGAGUCCCUCCUUCGCUCCAUGUGAUUCCCCUUUCAGUCCUCAGACUCGCUUUGCAUCAAUUUUUUGUUGUUACAUUUGUGCUUAAACUCCAUCUCCUCCUUUAUGCCUAACUGGACUUGCUGGGCUUUGCCCCCAGCAUAGCAUGGUGGAGGGAAUAAUGCAGCUGUGGGUUUUUAAAGUGAUAGAAACAAACAUACUGUCAUCAAAUGCUUCUCCCUGUCGUAUCUUGGAAAUCAGACUGAGUGGCUGUGUGAAGGGCAGGACUUGAGGGCUGUUGCAUGUGAUGCAGUUUGCAAGUGUAUUUUGUUGACCCCUCUUACUGUGCUCACACGCCAUUUCAAACAGGAGAGCAAGGGGCAACGCCUUCAAGCAACACUUGGGAUUGAAUUUCAUAACAAAGAAAAAUGUUUUCUCCACUGAAAUUUCAUCAGAGCUAAGCAGCAUGUAAGUAGGAAAGGCUGGGGGGCAUGAGCUGGAAUUAGGGAAACAGUAAGUGAACUGUCUGGUGUUGUGAAGGGGGAAAGCUGUGUCAAAAGUAGCUGAUUUAUGUUUCUCCUUUAAUGUCUUCGGAAGUACAACUUGCAGUCUUCUUUGUGGCAAACAAUAAAAGAAAAUAGGUAGUGUUUCACUAUUGCAAA